AACAAUUGCUUUCUCUCUCACUCUCAGUCUAGGGGUCAAAGAACACACUUUAGUUCCGGUUUCAGAACUUCAACAUUGGAUUUCACCGUCAAAGAAUAAUUGAAAAGGAGCAGAAUCAAAUCAAUCCUAUUUGUUGAACAACAAUGAGUGCAGUUCAGAUUUGUCUAAACCAUUCAAUUUCUCAAUCACCUUACAAACUAAGUCAAUUUUUCAAUUUGGAGAGAGAGAACAAUUUGGUUAGAGGAAGAUCAGUUAUUCGGACUAAUUUCCGGAGGGAUGUUGUGACUGCAUGUCUUAAUGUGGAUGUUAGUGCAGCUAAAGCUGGGAAGAUAGCAUCAGAGAAGACGAAGGAACUGAUUGAGAUGGAAGGGAAGUUUUUGGUGGGGACAUAUGCAAGAGUACCAGUAGUGCUCGAGAGAGGGAAAGGUUGUAAGGUGUAUGAUGUUGAAGGGAGAGAAUAUUUAGAUUUCAGUGCCGGCAUUGCUGUCAAUGCACUAGGACAUGGUGAUGCCGAUUGGUUGAAAGCUGUUGUAGAUCAAGCUAGUACUCUUACUCAUACCAGCAAUGUUUUCUACUCAAUACCUCAGGUAGAACUUGCAAAGCGUCUAGUGGCUUCUUCUUUUGCGGAUCGUGUAUUUUUUGCAAAUUCUGGAACUGAAGCAAAUGAGGCAGCUAUUAAAUUUGCAAGAAAGUAUCAGAGACACACAACAGCUAAUGAAAAAUUACCAGCAACAGAGUUCAUAGCUUUUAGUAAUUGUUUCCAUGGUAGAACCUUGGGUGCACUUGCUUUGACGAGUAAAGAGCAAUACAGAAUACCUUUCGAACCUGUUAUGCCUGGAGUAAACUUUAUAGAGUAUGGAAAUGUGCAGGCUUCUAUAGAAUUGAUUAAGCAAGGAAAGAUUGCUGCAGUUUUUGUUGAACCUAUCCAAGGAGAAGGUGGAAUUUACAGUGCUACGAAAGAAUUUCUACAAUCUCUUCGUAAUGCUUGUGAUGAAGCUGGGACACUUCUCGUGUUUGAUGAGGUUCAAUGCGGUUUAGGACGAUCAGGGUUUCUUUGGGCUCACGAGGCAUACGGUGUCUUCCCAGAUAUGAUGACACUUGCGAAGCCUCUUGCUGGAGGCCUACCUAUUGGGGCAGUACUAGUGACAGAGAGAGUUGCUUCUUCCAUAAACUACGGAGACCACGGAAGCACUUUUGCAGGAAAUCCUCUUGUUUGUAAUGCUGCUCUCGCUGUUUUGGAUAAAAUAUCAAAACCUGAUUUCCUGUCUUCAGUAUCUAACAAAGGACUCUACUUCAAAGAAUUACUUAAGCAGAAGCUUGGUCGAAACCGACACGUGAAAGAAAUCCGCAGUCUUGGACUAAUUAUAGGAAUUGAUUUAGAUGUACCUGCUUCACCGCUCGUAGAUGCGUGUCGAAAUUCCGGUCUUUUAGUAUUAACUGCCGGGAAGGGAAAUGUCGUCAGGCUUGUUCCACCGUUGAUCAUAACGGAGAAGGAGCUUGAACAAGCUGCCGAAAUUCUGUGCCAAAAUUUACCAGCUCUUGAUGAGAGUAAUCAAAACUAGGUAAGAAUAUUGUAGUGUAUCUUGAGCAACUUCUGUAUCUUGUUUCUUGAAUAAUAAUGCAUGGCAGAUCAUAGUGUAUUCACUUUGUCACAGUUAUCUGUGGCGUUUUGGUCAUAUCUUAACAAUGAAUUUGUGUUCUAUUGUGACAUUAUCAGUAUAAUUUAUUUAAGUUCUCUUCUUUUUGUA